GCGUAGUCUAACCCAGGCUUCCCCUUCACCAGGUGCCGAUGUGGGCGGGGUCAGACGAUACCUUGAUGGCUGACCCGCUUUCCCUGCUCUACUUCAGGUGCACGCACUGCCCGUUCCAGGCCAGCAGCCGAAAGCGGCUCCGCGCCCACCUGUCCGCCCACGCCGACCGCCGCCCGCACUCCUGCUCCUACUGCGACUACCGCGCCACCUGCAACAAGGACCUGCAGAAGCACAUCCGCACGCACACGGGCGAGAAGCCGUACCAGUGCGGCCUGUGCCCCUACCGCGCCAGCGACCCCAGCAACUACCGCGCCCACAUGAAGCUCAAGCACCGCGACGUUGUCCCUUCGGGGCCGCCGCCCCCGGGCGCGCUCUGAGGGCGGCGGGGGCGGGGCCGAGGGGGAGGGACUCCGGAAACGGG